GGUUCCUAAAACAAAAUGUGAAAAAAUAAUAAAUAAACUCAACUAUUUAUUAUAAAAAUACAUAAAAACUAUUAAUUAUACAUCAAUAAAUAAACUUAAAUUAAAAUUCAAUCAAAAAACUCAAAAUAUCUGGCGAAUUUCUGGCAUGAAAAUAUUUUUUCUAUAGGAAUGUAGUGUGUUUGUGUGCCCAGUUGUAGAGUCGCCAUAUUUUUUCCCUCAAGAACUUGAGACCCAAAAAAUAAAAAUAAAUAAAAAGAAAACUUUUUACUACAACACAUCAUUGAAUUGAUAUUCAAAGAAGAAAAGAAAAUUUUAUUUGAUUAGCAUGAAAAACAAUUGAAAUUAAAGAUAAAAAUAAAACGAACAUUCAACAAAAAAAAAAAAAAUCAAAAACUUCACGUUUUCAAACCACAAUAAUUAAAUGUGCAGAAGAAAAAUUCUCUACACAGUGACCCAAGUAAAGUGAAAGACGAAAAGUUGAGAAAAACGAAAAAAAGAAAAGAACAAAAUUGUACAAUCGUACUCCUCCGCCGGACCUGGCUCAGUUCAGUAUGCGCAUGAUAAACUGGAAGCUUGCGGUGGAGCUGAUGGAACAAAAAGACGAACCAUUGCAUCUCUAGAUACUGAAUUAUUUAAACCCAAAGUAUUCAUAUGAAGACGGCAAAAAGUAUUGGGAGUUAACUAAAAACGCUGAAAAAUGGAAGAAGUUAUAAGCAUCAGUGAUAGUGAUGAGGAGGCUGCGCCUCUUCCAUCAUCAUCAUCACUAUCAUCAAGAUCAACAGCUUCAAGUAAAAAUCCUUCGACACAAAAAGGCUCAAAAGGCUCAAUAACACCGACGUAUUCGUCAACGUCAACAGCAUCUUUAUCAUCAGGAUCUAUAACACCAUCUCCCUUAUUGAAUAUUGAUUUGUCAUCACAAUUGGGCUUCGAAUCAACAUCUAGAAUGGCACUGUAUAAACCUUUAGGAGCUGAUUUGCUUGCAGCACGACAAUUAGAAGCAUUAAAAAAGAAGAAAAAAUCAAUAAUGCAUCCAUUUCCUGCAGUUAGAGAUGUAGUUACUAAAAUGAGAACGGUAUUAGGAACUAAUGAUUUACAAUUAAGUGUGCUGGGACUUGCUCAACAAUAUAUCACGGCCUUGAAGAUCUACCAAGCUAAUAUAAUCAACUGUCCGAACCGAUGUCGUUUGCUGGCGAGACAUAUGAUACGAACCAUGUGUUUAAUACGAGAUCUCAGUAGGCAUUUUUUUGAUAGUCCUCAUUACUCACAGAAAAUGUGUGAACUUCUUGCUAUUUACAUACACUUUGAACUGCAGUGCGCCGGAGAUUUUAAAGAUUCGAAGAUAAAGAUUGCCGAAAGAAUAAUUCACAAUAUUCACCUGCAUCUUGAAAAUGCCCAGUCUAGUUUUGUCUUGCGAAUCUUUUCCUUUCUCGCCAACAUGGGCAAAGAAAAUGAAAUAGCAACAAAAGUUUUUCGACGAUUGAUCCCUGAACCGACAAUAAUGAUAAAGAAUGAAUUACCCGACCGACUGUUUAUCCAGUAUUUGAUUGCCUUUUACCAUUGGAAAGAAACAUGGAAUGAUCUCGCAGAUCAGCAAAAAGUUGUUGCUUUUGCAAAUAAGUUUAUGAAACCUAUGAGUACGAUAAAAACAAAUAAAAUGUAUGCACAACACUUGCCAUGUUAUAUAAAACGAGAUGAUGCAACUGCAUAUUUUCUUACAAAUAUGGUAUUUUUUAAUGAUUUAAGAAAUGCAUCAAUACUGGAUGGUUCUGAAGAAACUGGGCCUGCCUUAGUUGAUCUAAGUGAAGAAGAUGACAAGGAGUAUCCAAUUUUAGAUCUAUCAGAAUACACAAUGGAACCGCUUAUUAAAACUGAGCCUGGAGGAGUUGUUGAUCUGACAAGUGAUGCUAAUGAACCGUGGAUGAACAGAUUAAUACGGCGAGCAGUAGCACUAGAAGUUAUACUUCCCGCAAUAUUGGCCACUCGAAAUGAAGACCAAGCUCCUGCGGUAGUUGAAAUAAAUGAUUCGGAUAGUGAAAAUGCCAAUAGUAAUGAUAAUAAUGCCGAAAAUGAGAAUGAGGAAGAGAAUGAAAACGAAAACGGAAAAGAAAAUGAAGACGAUGAUUCGUGGGCAUUCGGGCUAAGAAAUGAACACCAACAAGAAGGAGUAGAACAUCUCAAUUUACCGGUAGAUGAGGAAUCAAAUUCAAUGGAUGAAAUUUAUAAUGAAAUGAAUUCUUCAAUUGAUUUCGUUGACGAUUCUACAACUGAGUCGGAAAUAGAGAGGAAAAAAGGACAAAAGGAGCGAUUUGAGAUUGCCUCAAAGUUAACUGAUGCUCAAGCGCGUAUUACGUUCGAUGGAAUUGUUGAGAAAGAACUAAAAGCGAAGUACUUCCAAACUCCAACUACAUGUAAUGCUGCCGUAACAACAACUAACGACACUCCAAGUACAUCGAAAGCAGUUGCAACUACAUCGAAAGCAGCUGCCAGUGAUAAGCCAACCUCAUCUAUACCAACAGUUGCAUUAAAAACUAUUGACCAGCCCACUAUAUCGAAGAUAGCUUCAGUUGGUGAAAAUCCAACUUCGUCGAAGGCAGCUGUAGCUAUUGAAAAGACAGCUUCGAUGGAGACGGUUGAGGUUCCAACUAAAAAACCUACUUCGAUUAAAGCUGCUGUAGCGGUUGAGAAAUCAAAUUCAGCGAUAGCAGAUGCAGCUGAUGGAGUUAAUACUGGGAAUACAAUUGAAGAAGAAGAAUUAUUUACUUUAGAAGCCAUUCAGGAAGUGGAAACGACUCCAAUUUCAAAUGAGACAGUUUUGAAAACGACGACAGAAUCUGCAGCACUGAUAUUUGGUCAAGAAGAACAAACUUCAAUUGUUGAUCAAACAUUGACCCAAACUACUAACAACCAAGCAUCGGACACUGUGUUGAAGGAAACGCAAGCUCCCAAAGAAGCUAUAACGUUUAACAUGGAUGAGACUUUGUUAUCCUCAUUUGAUUCUAGCGAUGAAAGUGAUGAAGAUUUUCUUGGUCGCUUUCAACAACCACCAUUUAAGACAUACCUCCGACGAGCACACAGAAGACCCACAAAAAAAUCCACUAAGCUUAAUAAUACAAGUUCCUCUGAAGAAGAUGCUAAUGUUGAAAAGCAAUCAAAUGCCGAAAACAUUAGCAGUAAUCGUCCCAGUUCACCCACGUUGCCUUCAAAUGAAGGUUCCAAUGAAAGCGCCAAUAUAUUGUUUAGUGGAAAGGUUAUAUCUUUGCGUGAAGAAGAAUGCUCAGGUGGAGUUACACCAAACUACUUGAAUGUCCCCGAAUCUAUUGAAAUAUCUAAAAAUGGCUCGAAUGUAGUGUUCAGCAUGCAAGGAAGGAGAUUAUCAUCAUUUCCAUCACUAAAGGUGACUAACGAACAGGGGGUGCCUGAUUUUGAUGCGGACAUUUGUAUGACUGGCGAGGAAGACAGCAACAGUAGAACAGAAGAAAUACCACAUACAAAUAAAACAUUGAAAAAAUCGAAUAUUUCUUCUAACAUGAAGAACCAAAACUCAUUGCAUGGCACUGACAAACACGCUGCCAAAGUCAAAAGUGUUUGGUUUGCAGAAAGUCCACAAGUUCGAGAAAUUGAAGCCCGCUCCACACCAUCAUCUCAACAAAAACCAUCUGCAAUCAACUUAAUUAGCUCAACAAUCAACAAAAUCAGUGCCAACAAACAACAUUUCUCAUCGAAAGUUUUCUCAUCUCAAUCAACAAAAACAACAUCAACAAUAAAUAAAUCAGUAUCAACAACAAUAACAAAACCAACAAUUAAUUUAUCAGAAUCAAAUAAAACAUUAAAACCAAAUCACUUAAUAAAAAGUCGUAUACCAACAACCGAAUCAUCGCCCGCAACUGCAGCAUUAAAAUCAGCCCAAGAAAAAGAUUUACUUCAAAUACUUUUCCCUGAGGUGUUUGCUCCUCCGCCAAAACCAGAUCGGAAAGUUUCUGAACCUAAGCCUGCACCUUUAAUAAAAGCAACAAUAACAUCCGGGUAUAAUUUUAAAUCAUCAAACAACAAAAAUAAUUUCAAUACAAUUAUUAACCGUCGAGAAUCUGUAACAUCAGUUUCUGCCCCUAACACCAUAGACAAUACUCGACGAAAAUCCAUGUCAACAGGUUCGGAUAGACAAUCACAUAGUGAUUUCGAUAAAUAUCUGGAAAGGAAAAAAUUGUUGAAACCGCCUAAAUCAACUUCGACGGCAAAAACUAUGAAGACUGAAAAAGCUAAAACCAAGCGUCCACGCAUGUCGAAAAAAACAAAGGCUAUAAUAGCGAAUGACCCAAAGUUGGGGAGUCAAAUGAAGCCAAUUGUGGUACUAAAUCAUGUUGCGGGACCAGUCUUUAUCUUGAGAUCUGGUAUUUCAAGUGAGACAUUUACCGAAGUAAGCCCCGGUGUAUUUAAAUUAAAUAAACCACCACCGUCUAUGCCAAUGCCAAUAGCACCUGUAAUGUCAACCGCAAAAAAAAUUCCAGCUAUAAGAACAAAAUCGCUGAGUGACAUAUUAUCGGAUGUUGUUGUUCAGGAAAUGACAGGAAAGGGAAUAGAAACGCCGCAAGAUGGUCGAAUUCCAAUUUCCAUAUUGGCUGAUAGUGCAGACGUUGGAAAGCAACCAAAACAACGUAACCCUUGUCAAAUGCCCCCUCCAAUUGCAAAUACCGUUCCGGAAAGCCUUCCACACCAGGAAAAGGAAAAAGAAGAGGAAGAUAAAAUUGAAGAAAGGGUACAGACGGAAGUAGUGCCAUUAAUCAAUACCGCUGUUAAGUCUCAAGACGAACUUGAGUUGAAGCAAAUUAAAAAAGAGGAGAUGGAGUCAAAAUCACCACCACCCGAAGUAACCGCGAAUGUGAUUCCCUCGAAGCCAGUUUUAGAUUGCUUUAAAAAGCCGCUUAAAUCAAUGGCACAAAAGCGCUUAGCGUCGGCUUCGUUUAUUCACGGAACAGCUAAGUACGUUCAAGGCCCAAAAUCUGCAUCAAUAAUUCAAGUUCGACAAGAAGUAGCUGCACCUUUUGAAACUGUUACACAUCGACAAGAAAUCCAAGAACCAGUCACAUCAACAAAUAGUCACCUAUUCCUGCCCCUUACAAGUGAAUCUGAAUCCGAUUCCUCUUGUCGAACUGAACAAACGGGUGAUGUAGAAUCAUCUGAACAGUCUGACUCGAGCCAAACUCUGGUUUCGCCUAGAAGAAACUUAAAAGUUAGACUCAGGCGGCAUGCACCAGCUCAAACGCAGUUGGAAUACAGUAUUGUUUCAAAUUGUCUUACGGAUGAAAUGAAAUCGAAGGUAGCUGAUGGCGAAAGAAAACGUCGAGGUAGAAAUAGCUCGGAGAAAAAAAGCGAAGCUCUUAACAGGAUAUUCGAACGAGCUGAUUCAUCGACGUCGUCGUCUCCUCCUAACAACUUAGAUCAACAGCCACCGCAAUCGGGCUUGAUAAAUGGAGUGCUGGUGCCAAGCAUCGAAGCUAUGAAUACACCACCUCCUACUCCGCCCACAACGGUUGAUGAUAAAAGUUCAGUUGCCGAUGAUACUUCACAAGAAGCAAAAUCUCAAACAACACCUGAGCCCAGCAAUAUUGAUCAAUCCCCUCCACUCGCCGUCUUCGAAAAUGGUGCAAACAUGCAAAAUGCAGAAAACAAUAUUGAUGUUGUAUCCUCAAAUAUCCCGCCCACCAACAACCAUAAAAGUGAUGAAAAUCUUCAAGUCCACGCAAACGAUGUGUAUAGCUUUAAAGCGUCACCUCGUCAGCGACGAAGAUUUGAAUCACUUAACUUGCCAUCAAGUAAUCAAAAGCGCUCUCGAAAGAAAUCUACAGCUGAAACCAGCGAUGAUAUUUCCUCGAAUAGUACUUACAGAAGCCAAGUGAAAAAACGGAGAAAAACUAUUUGUACAGACGUCUUUAAUCCACCAGAUAUAUCAUCUGAUGAAGAAAUAUGUCCGGACGACCAAGGCGCCAACUCACCAGCAUUAGGUGUUAAGCAAAUGUACAUGUUUGCACGGGGUUUAAAGUUGUCAAAAACAUUGUCCAGAACAAUGAAACAAAAUAGACAAGAACCGUCUAUUACUGAUCCGUCUUCAGUAAGACUGAACGAUGACCUUUUUUCUUCACCGCCACAUAAUGUGUGUGAUUCCUCACGGUUGUCGCCAACGUUUGCUGCACUUGAUCCAUCUUCAACAACCUCCACGCCGAUCAUUGCAACUGAAUCUGAAAAUAUGCAAAUCGAAGGAAGUUCUUGUAGCAAUAGACCCAGCUGUGAUAGCCCAGUGACCACGUCUCGGAAUUUGGCGGUAAGUCGAACAUAUUCUAAAAGUAACAUGGUGCAACAAGUAUUUGUGCCCCCAGAGAUCGAAAUGUUCAUUGAAGAACCCACUAAAGUGGCUGCCGAAGAGCCAAAACCAUCAAAUUGGGCUUCAAAUGCACCGCAACAUGUCACCCAGCACCGCCGGGCCAAUUGUUCAAACAAAAAGAAAAAACCGCGACGAAAGUUCACAACAAGUGACGAAGAAGAGGAAGGAGAAGCAGAAGAAGAUGAAGAAGAUCCCCGGGACAAGGACUAUCAAGCAAAAUCCAGGAAAAGUGUAAAACAAAAUAAAAGAGGAAGAAAACGAGGUUCAUCUCGUGGCAGACGUCUUCAAUAGAGAACCGCAAUCUUUAUAUUGAGAAAAUCAAUUUAAUAUUUAUUGACUAAAAAAAUAGAAAAAAAUUAAUUAAAAAAAAAAAGAGAAAACUUACAAAAACAACAAACAAAAACGAGCAUACAUGGAAUCCUUUCCCAACUUUAAAAUUAAUAUAUAUUGAUAAAAAAUAUAUAACUGUAUAAAAAAUGUGUAUAACUAUGGAAUUGAUGUAAUGUGAUAAGUUAAUGAAACAAAAAAUAAAAUUGAAAAAAUUAAAUAUAUUUUCUUGGAUUAUUCUUGGACGUAAACACACAUAAAAAUCAAAACAAUCAACUUUAAUUGCUGAAGGAUCUUUUUCUUUGUAUUAAUUUAAAAUUUCUUAUUUUUAAAUAAUCAAAAUAAUUUAAUCAUAAUUUUUAGAUAUCGUUAAAACUGGUUUAAAUAAUUAUGAUUUUGCAUAUAAAAAAUAAAUCUAUUUAUUGUUCUACAUUCAGAUUUGUUUGUAUAAAUUUUAAUAUGCACGGAUUUUUGUUUCUUUUAAAUAUUUUGAUUAAACUAUUUGGAUAAAAUAAUUUUAGCAAUAAUUUUACGCCGACUAAGAUUUUAUUUUAGCAACAAAUCACUUAUUAAGGAGAAUUUUUUUGUUUUAAUGGAUUCGAAAGCCCGGAAUUUAAUAAAAACAACAAUAGCAUUAGAUCAAAAACUGUUAACACAAUAAGGAAAUCAACUGGAAUGCAGAAAACACAUACGAAUAAUUGAAAAGUAUGCAACAACUCGGAAAUAAGCUUCAACAGAAUUUAUUUAAUUGUUAUUCAAUAGAAAGAUUUAAGAUGCAGCAACCGACCAUGAGUCUUCGGAGUGAACGACAAAAAAGGAACCAUGGAUAUUUAUAUUUAUCAUUACAUUAAAAUAAUCUUCAAAAAAAUAGGUUUUUAUCGAAAUUUGUUUGUAUUAUUUGUCAAUUUGGUCUAAGGGUUUUAAGAGUGAGGACAUCCCAACUAAAACAAUACUGAUCUAUGACAAAUUGUAUUAACUUUGAUCGUUUUUUCUAUAAGAUUAACCCUGGACUUCUAUGUUUGGAUGAAUCAACGCAAUAAGAAAUAGAACAAAACAUCACCUUUAAUUCAAACCUUCAUGGUACAAACAGGCAAACUUCAAUGGAAAUACAUAGAAUAUGAGCUUAAGGAAUUUUGCUAACGUCUUCUAUGAAAUUAAUCUAUGAUUUAGUAUAUUUUAUUAUUUGAUACCCAAAUAUACUUAGGUUAAGACCUUAAAUAAAUACAAUUUAUUGAUUUUGUUAAUAUGUUGAGCUAUAAAUAAAAUUAAUAAAUAAAUA